AUGUCAACUUUAACAUACGAAGAAAGAGCCAAGAACCAUGCCAGUCCAGUAGCAUCGAAACUUCUCACGAUCAUGUUUGAAAAGCAAACCAACUUAUGUGCGUCAUUAGACGUUCGCACGACGGAGGAAUUACUACGAUUAGUUGAUAUAUUGGGCCCUUAUAUUUGUCUUUUAAAGACUCAUGUUGAUAUAUUAUCAGAUUUUUCCAUGGAAGGAACAGUGAUCCCAUUAAAGCAAAUGGCAUUGAAAUAUAAUUUCUUAAUUUUUGAAGAUAGGAAGUUUGCUGAUAUUGGUAAUACUGUGAAAUUACAAUAUGCAUCAGGAGUGUAUAAAAUUGCUGAAUGGGCUGAUAUAACUAAUGCUCACGGUAUUACAGGACCAGGUAUUGUUGCCGGAUUAAAGGAAGCCGCAAUGGAGGUCUCAAACGAACCAAGAGGCUUGUUGAUGCUAGCAGAACUAUCAUCAAAAGGGUCGUUAGCACAUGGUGAAUAUACAAGAGGUACAGUAGAGAUAGCUCAGACAGAUAAAGAAUUUGUCUUUGGAUUUAUUGCGCAAAGGGAUAUGGGUGGCAGAACAGAAGGAUUCGAUUGGUUAAUUAUGACACCUGGAGUUGGACUUGAUGAUAAGGGAGAUGCAUUGGGUCAACAGUAUAGAACUGUUGAAGAUGUAGUCUCAACAGGGAGUGAUAUUAUAAUUGUUGGAAGAGGUUUAUUUGCUAAAGGUAGAGACCCGAAGGUGGAGGGUGAACGUUACAGAAAGGCCGGAUGGGAUGCAUAUUUGAAAAGAUGCCAAUCAACAUAA